AUGACAUCCUCAGUUAUAUGGAUUGGUAUUCAUAUUCGACGAGGAGAUAAUCUAAGAAAAAUUGCAUUCGAUGCUGGUCGCACUGUGCCAACCGUGGAUUUUCUGAACAAAGCGAUUGCGUACUUCAACAGACGUUAUAGAAAUAGAACAUUAUUCAUUAUUGCAAGUGACGACAAACCGUAUUGUCGAAAAACAUUUCAAAAUAGAAGUAAUAUCAUUGUCACUCCAGAUAACUUCUCACCUACUGCAGAUCUUGCUGCACUCGCUUUAUGUACUGAUGUUAUAGCUACUUCUGGCUCCUUUAGUUGGUGGGCUGCCGUUUUAGCUGGAGGAAUUGUAUUACACGACGAGGGAACUCCUCGAAAAAAUUCUACCAUAGAAGCUAUUUGCCCACGGUCGUCUUACUAUCCACCGUGGUUUUUAUUUUCAUAG